UGACGCUGCGGCCGGGCUGGGAGCCGGCCGGGCCAGCUGCGGGGCUGCGCUCUGGUGCUUUUUCUUUACUAGAGGACGCUCCUUCCCUGCGAGGGAGGCGGGGGCGCGCAGCGGCGCGCGCACUCUGCAUAUACACGCACAGACACACGCGCACACACACACGCACGCACACACACAUCCCGACAAGAACGCUAGCACGCGGGUCUCCGCUACCGCAGCCCAACCGGCCGAGCGAAGCUGCUGCAUUUAUCUUAACCCGGUCUUCGUGGGGCGAAGCAGAGUCAUUGUGCAUCGGGGAGAGCCCGGUGCUGCGCUGCUGCAGACUGCUCACCCCAUCGGCUGGCAUGUUUGCUGAUCCCUCUGUAAACUUCUGAGACCCAGUGCCUGAAGACCCCAGCUGGAGAAUGCCAUCUGAACGUUGCCUCAGUAUUCAAGAAAUGCUGACAGGGCAGAGGCUCUGCCACUCCGAAUCUCACAAUGACAGUGUCCUGGCAGCGCUGAAUCAGCAGAGGAGUGACGGCAUCCUCUGUGAUGUCACCCUGAUUGCUGAGGAACAGAAAUUCCAUGCUCACAAGGCAGUCCUAGCAGCGUGCAGCGACUAUUUCCGGGCAAUGUUCAGCCUUUGUAUGGUGGAAAGCGGAGCUGAUGAAGUGAAUUUACAUGGUGUGACCAGUCUUGGUUUAAAGCAGGCUCUGGAAUUUGCCUACACAGGACAGAUUUUGUUGGAGCCAGGUGUGAUCCAGGAUGUGUUAGCAGCUGGCAGUCACCUACAGCUGUUGGAGCUCCUCAAUUUAUGUUCCCACUAUCUCAUCCAGGAAUUAAACAGCUUUAAUUACUUGGACCUGUACAGACUUGCUGACCUCUUUAACCUCACUUUGUUGGAGAAGGCGGUGGUGGAUUUCUUAGUGAAACAUCUCUCUGAACUCCUGAAAAGCCGCCCUGAAGAUGUGCUGACGCUUCCUUACUGUCUGCUGCAGGAGGUCCUGAAGAGUGACCGGCUCACCUCGCUGAGUGAGGCGCAGAUCUGGCAGCUAGCUGUGAGGUGGCUGGAACAUAACUGCCAUUACCAGUACAUGGAUGAGCUCCUGCAGUGCAUCCGCUUUGGCCUCAUGGAUGUGGAUACUCUCCAUACAGUCGCCCUGUCGCACCCGCUGGUCCAGGCAAGUGAGACUGCAACAGCCCUUGUCAACGAGGCCCUGGAAUACCACCAGAGCAUCUAUGCACAGCCCGUGUGGCAGACCUGCAGGACCAAACCACGCUUCCAGUCGGACACUCUCUAUAUUAUUGGUGGGAAAAAACGUGAGGUCUGUAAAGUCAAGGAACUUCGAUACUUUAAUCCCGUUGACCAGGAGAAUGCCCUCAUAGCCGCCGUUGCCAACUGGAGUGAGCUGGCUCCCAUGCCAGUGGGAAGGAGCCACCACUGUGUGGCUGUCAUGGGGGACUUUCUGUUCGUGGCAGGAGGAGAAGUGGAGCAUGCCAGUGGCAGAACCUGUGCUGUGAGAACUGCCUGUCGCUAUGACCCCCGGAGUAAUUCCUGGGCAGAGAUAGAACCCAUGAAAAACUGCCGGGAGCACUUCGUCCUGGGUGCCAUGGAUGAAUACCUCUAUGCAGUCGGGGGCAGAAAUGAGCUGCGGCAGGUUCUGCCAACAGUUGAGCGGUACUGCCCCAAGAAGAACAAAUGGACUUUCGUGCAGUCCUUUGACCGGUCCCUUUCGUGUCAUGCUGGAUAUGUGGCUGAUGGUCUUCUGUGGAUAUCAGGUGGAGUAACUAACACAGCACAGUAUCAAAACAGAUUAAUGGUGUAUGAACCUAACCAGAAUAAGUGGAUAAGCCGUAGCCCCAUGCUGCAGAGAAGGGUCUAUCAUUCCAUGGCUGCUGUCCAAAGGAAGCUUUAUGUCCUUGGAGGCAAUGACCUUGACUACAAUAAUGACCGGAUCCUUGUACGUCAAAUAGAUUCUUACAAUAUUGACACUGACCAGUGGACACGUUGUAAUUUCAAUCUGCUAACUGGCCAGAAUGAAUCUGGAGUUGCUGUCCAUAAUGGGAGAAUAUAUUUAGUUGGUGGAUAUUCAAUUUGGACAAAUGAGCCUCUGGCUUGUAUCCAGGUAACCUAUCCUCAAGAGAAGAGGGGUACAAGUGUGUAUGUUAAAUCACUGAGGAUAUUCACAGGUAUUAGAUGUCAGCAGGGAAGGCAAAGAAGAAGUCUUCUAUGGACCUACACUUCCUUUUGCUUCCAAUGGAAUAGCAGCAUGCUUCCUUCCAGCCCCAUAUUUCACAUGCCCGAACCUUCAAACUCUUCAAGUGCCUCAUCACAGGAUCGGCACCAUCUGAAAAGCAACUGCUCUGUUAAUACCCUUAUGAACAGGGGAAAAGCAAAGGCCUGACUUUCGGAUUCUGGGGAUGAAAAGCCUGAGUGCUUAAUGCAUCCUUAUCUUGCUUUAUAUAUCUUAUAUUCAGAUAAAUAUUAGCAAAAAAUGAACAAUUUUCUAAAAUAUAUUAUUGAGAACCCACAUCACCCUUCUCAGUGUCUGUCAGCAUACGAUAUGUAUGACUUGUACUGUGGUAUAGCUUAGUGCCAACUUAAUGGUACAUUAUUGUUUCACAAGUGUUUGAAGCAUUCUUUGUACACACUUUCUAACCAGCGCUAUUUAGGACAACCUGACACUGUUCUUAAGAUAAAUUAUUUCACCCAAUGGCAUCAAUGAUCUUAAAAUCUUGUAUGUACCCUUCCUACUUAAACAUGGGCUUAUAAUUUUUCUUUUAAAAAUUUAACGUUAUGCAGUCUAGCUCAGUAGAUUCAGCAUUAUGACAUCAUAAAUUUUUAAGUGCCACAUUUUAUUCAAGGUGACAGAAAUAACAGAAGUACACCAGAACAGCAGUUGGAAUACCCAUAUUUUUGCCUUGAUUAUUCUGACCUUGAGCCAGAACUUUAACUUCAUAGUGCUUCAGUUUUUUCACCUUUUCAGGAGGAUAAUUAUUGAUUUCCAUACUAAUUCAAAAGACCAUCAUAAGGAUUAGUGUGCUGACUGCCUAAUUUUUAAAAAAGCCACUAGAUUAUGAGGUAUUUUACUGUUUCAAGAACCCUAUUACUGAAGUAGAAGAUUACUUUUAAGUUUAGAAAUUACUAGUUUAGAAAACAUGCUAUGGUAUUCCGAAAAGCAUGUGAAAAAGUCAUGCCUUUUCUAAGCAGGAAAAGGACGUUUGCCAACAUCACAGACACCUGAACUACAGCUUAUUUUAAAUCAUUUAGUGAAAAAUGAAAUUUUAAAACUUUAAAAUGUUGUACUAAUUAUGGUAACAUAAAGUGCUUAGACAUAAAUUUGAACCUAGAAUUGGCAGUUCUAAUAAGUUUCCCACUUCAUUAAAGGUUAUGUCAAAUCUUGAGUAUUUGUGGGAUUCUUCACCACCAGCAAUAUAUAUUAGUUACUUUUAAUAACAUAUAAAAAUAUUUUUAGGCUAGGUUUUUGGGUUUGCUUCAUCCAAAACACUAAAAACAACUUCUUAAUUACAUUUGAACAUACAUUUGUUAAGUGUAACAUAGGUUUCUUUUCUCCAGGCUCACCAGGAGUUAUCUUUUUUUUUUUUUUUUUUUUUUUGGUCUUUUUCCUUUUUAUUGGUACCAGGGAUCGAACUCACGACUACCUGCUUGCAAGGCAGGCGCUUAUGCCGCUGAGCUAAAUCCUCAGCCCUGGUUAUCUUUAUUAAAAGGAAAUUUAGUUUGACUUUUUUUUCUAUCAGCAGUUUAAUCCUUCAGGAACCUCACCCUAAUAGGAAACUGUCAUUUUACGCAAUGUAACCAUUUUUAGUGUGGUUAGUGAAUGAAAUGAAUAGUGAAUGAAAUUAAAUAUUUUUAAGUACAAAAUUUACUAACUUUUAAAUUUACUUUUUCAGAUUAAAGAAGAGGAGGGGUGAGCUGGGAAUAUAGUUCAGUGUCAUAAACACCUGCUUGGCAAGCAACAGUUCCUGAGUUUGAUUCCCAGUACCAAAACAAAAUGAAAACAAAAACAAAAAAAUUAAGUUCACAAAAAUGAAGAGGAGAGGGUACUAAAGAUAAGGAAAGGUAGAUUUUAAAAGGAACAAAAUGUAGACAAAAACCUUUAAGAGCUAAACAGUGAAAAAUGGUAACUGAUAUUCAGAAUGAUACCUGCUUCUCUAAAAGGUAGAUAAGUCACCUGAAUUUUAAAAUAUCUUAAAAUGAACAAGAAAAUGAACACAAGCUUAUUUCUUGCCAUUUUAUCUUAUAAAACCAUUAAAAUCUAUUUGUACUCACCCUACAUUCAAUGAGUGAAAGCAAAAUGGUCUAAAAAUAAGCCUGCGUGAUUGUUAAUGGAAAGAUAGCCUGAGACUACCCUUGAUUAUUUCUGUGUAGACUUCUGACUAUUCAUAUAAAACAGAUCAGCAUAAUUAUCCACCACCCUUACUAAUCUUGAUAAUGUAUUAUUCAUUUAUGUUAUAGAAUUGAGCUCAUAGUUUUAGGAAGUUUUGCAUAGAAUUCAAACACAUCCUUUAUAGCUAUGGCAAAAGAGCAGCAUCAUAAGUAUGAUGUUCCUUUCCUAAAACGAACAAAACUCAGAUGACAGAAUUAGAACGUUUUCCUCAAAAUUAUUAAAGAAAAAAAACUCACAGACUACAACUGGUCAUGAGUCAAAUUUCAUUAAAACUAUUCAAGUAGUGCAUGUUUUCUAUUUAAGUGAAAUACACAUUUUAAUUUCUAUAGAAAACCUUAUGAUUCCAACAAUUCUUACGAUUUAAUUUAGCACUUCAAGAUCUUUUUAAAAAGAAGAAAAAACGUAGUUCCAUGUGGACCUCAGUAUUCUUGCUAUAGGAGGGAAGAAAAUCUGUUAACACAUUACUCUAAACUAAUAUAUUAUAAAAUGCAACAAAAUUCCUUACAUAUUUUUUUAAAAUGCUAUUUCGAUUAUGAUUACGGUAUUUUUUGUGCUUUUUUUCUUCAUGUUUUCCUCAUAUGUCAAGUGAAUAUAUAUUCAUUUCAGUCUCAGCAACAGCUGAGACAUUCUAUUGUUUACUACAAAGUAUAAAAGCAUCACAUUAUGGGGUGGUGUUUUGGGGGAGCUGUUUCAUUGGUUGUUUUGUUUUUCACUAAUAAAUCUUUUAUAAAAAGGAAGUUGAGUAACUAUGAGCAAGAUGUUACGUUUUUCUUUGUAUGCAUAUACGUAAGUAUAUAUAUACAAAUAUGUUUAGUUUUUAUUCUAUAUACAAAUAACUUUAUAAACACUACAUAUAAAAUAAGAAUGCCCAGAAUACCUCUCUAGAAGCACAAUUCACAGAUGCAAUAAAUUGGGUAUAAUUUUAAGUACAUCUGAAGUUCUAAUAUGCAGAAACAAGCCAAUUACAAUCAUUUGGCAAUGCUUUUGGUAAACUUGCCAUACAGGUUACCAUAAUGUAAAAAUGCGACUUUCAUAUCUAACUAUGUGAAAGGAUAUGUUGCUUUGGUAGCGCCCCAAGUUUUAACCAAAUAAAGCAUGUUAUACUGGCAUACUGUACUGUCAUGUGACAAGGCAGUAUUUUUAACUGUAGGAUGGGUAGGCAAGAAAUGUUUUUGGAACAUGUAGAUUUAUAUUUUUAAAAAAACCUUACCAGUCAAACAGCAGUGGCUUAGUUCAACAAUUCAAUUUUUGGUGAAGUUCUAUGGUAUUUACCUUUUAUCUUUGAAACACAAGUGCUUAUUUCAGAUAGGAUUUUGAGAAGUUAGAUUUCCUAAAGGUCUUUCCAAAAUGUAGAAACUCCAAUUUUUAUAUAGUAUAUAAUUUUAAUUGUUAAAUAUUCUGUGAGAGUACAUACCAACAGAACCGCAUGAUUGUUAGGUAAACAUCUCAGGCUAAAUUUACAGAAUAGAGUAUAAAUCAGUGUGGCCUCUUGAUACUCAAGAGAUGUGGGUAAUCAUUAGCCGUAUGAGGCUGUUGCCAGUGUAAAAUACAUACUGUUUUAGAGUAAAUUUGUUUUAAGAGCAUUUUAAAAGGAGAAAAAGGUAUAGUAAAUACAUAAAUCAGUAACAUACUUAUUACUAUUAAACUAUACAUAAUUGUAUUUGCUAUACUUUAAAACUGGUGGUACAGAUUUGUUUUUGCUAGUAGCAUCACUACACACCAAUAAUGUUUGGCUGUGACAAUACAAAAGCCAUGCCACUUUUUAACUCCAUUACAAUCUUAUGAGAUCACCUUGGAAUACAUGUGGUCCAUCACUGCCUGAAAUGCCAUUAUACAGCAUAUGACUAUAUGAUUAAAAAAAGAAACUACAGUGGAGAUAAAGACAAAGCUUUAAACUACAGAAUUCUUCUAAUGUUAGAUGAACUCAAUACUUAACAAUUUUGGCAUAGGCUCUGCUUUUUUUCUUCCCCCAUGGAGACCUUCUAAUUGUUACAGUAAAAUUUAAAUCAUUAAUGUCUAAUAAAGUGUUUUUCAUCA